AUGCAGGUGGCCUGCGUGCUGCUGCUGCUGGGCCUGCGGCUACAGCUCUCCCUCGGCCUCGUCCCAGUUGAGGAGGAAGACCCUGCCUUCUGGAACCGCCAGGCAGCCCAGGCACUUGAUGUGGCUAAGAAGCUGCAGCCCAUCCAGACAGCCGCCAAGAAUGUCAUCCUCUUCUUGGGGGAUGGAAUGGGGGUUUCCACGGUGACAGCCGCUCGGAUCCUAAAGGGGCAGAUGAAUGGCAAGCCGGGACCUGAGACACCCCUGGCCAUGGAUCAGUUCCCAUACAUGGCUCUGUCCAAGACAUACAACGUGGACAGAGAUGUACCAGACAGCGCAGGCACGAGCACCGCCUACUUGUGUGGGGUCAAGACCAACAUGAGGACCAUUGGUGUAAGUGCAGCCGCCCGCUUCGACCAGUGCAACACGACACGUGGGAAUGAGGUCACGUCUGUGAUGAACCGGGCCAAGAAAGCAGGGAAGUCAGUGGGAGUGGUGACCACCACCAGGGUGCAGGAUGCAUCACCAGCCGGGGCCUACGCGCACACUGUGAAUCGAGACUGGUUCUCCGAUGCUGACCUGCCUGCCGAUGCACAGACGUAUGGCUGCCAGGACAUCGCCACUCAGCUCAUCUACAACAUGGACAUUGACGUGAUCCUGGGUGGAGGCCGAAAGUACAUGUUUCCUGAGGGGACCCCAGACCCUGAAUACCCACACGAUGCCAGUGAGAAUGGAGUCCGGAAGGACAAGCGGAAUCUGGUUCAGGAGUGGCAGGCCAAGCACCAGGGAGCCCAGUAUGUGUGGAACCGCACGGCGCUCCUUCAGGCAUCCACCGACUUCAGUGUAACACACCUCAUGGGCCUCUUUCAGCCAGGAGAAAUGGCCUAUGACAUCUUCCGAGACCACACCACGGACCCAUCCCUGGAGGAGAUGACAGAGGCGGCCCUGCGAGUGCUGAGCAGAAACCCUCGGGGCUUCUUCCUCUUCGUGGAGGGAGGCCGCAUUGACCAUGGACAUCAUGCAAACAUAGCUUAUCGGGCGCUGACUGAGACAAUCAUGUUUGACAAUGCCAUUGCCAAGGCUAGCCAGCUCACCAGUGAAGCAGACACACUGACCCUUGUCACCGCCGACCACUCUCAUGUCUUCACUUUUGGUGGCUACCCACUUCGUGGGACCUCCAUUUUCGGACUGGCUGAUGGCAAGGCCAGUGACCACAAGUCCUAUACCACCCUCCUCUAUAGCAACGGCCCAGGGUUCCGGCUGAACAUGGGCUCACGACCUGACGUGAAUGAAAAGCAGAGCAUGGAUCCCGAGUACCAGCAGCAAGCCGCCGUGCCCCUAGGGAGCGAGACCCAUGCUGGUGAGGACGUGGCAGUGUUUGCACGAGGCCCGUGGGCACACCUGAUGCACGGCGUGCAGGAGCAGACCUUCGUGGCGCAUGUCAUGGCCUUUGCUGCCUGCGUGGAGCCCUACACCACCGACUGCCGCCCUCAGCCCCCCAGCAGUCCCUCGGACACCGCCCAUCAGGCUGCCUGCCCAUCCUCACUGGCACUGCUGGUUGGGGUCCUGCUGCUGCUGGUGCCCACCCUGCACUGACCCCCACCCACCCGGGCCUCAGGGCCUCCUCCCCACCCCCAACCUUAGUGGGCCCAAACCACCCUGGAAGCUGAGAUCCUGACUUUCCUGUGAGAGCCACCGUCCUCAGUGCCCCAGACCUUGGUGGCCUCGGCUAUUUUGAGGAGCUGCCCCAUAUUCAAGGAUAUUCCAGGCAGGACCUCAGACCACGCAGUCUCUUCUCCCCACCCAAUGGCCCUGGCUGAGGACCAGGCUGGCACCAGAGGUGUCCCCCACAGCAGACCAGGACCUACCAGACCCCCACUGGGGGCUUCCGGGAGGUGUUCUGGUUGCCUGACUUCCGGGAGGCGUAGCUCCCAGGGAGCUGUGGCUUCCUGUCCUCCUGGAACCCACCCUGUAGGCACCUCGCCUGCCAAAGAGACGUCUGGGGCCAGGCAUGCUGGGUGGCCCUCAACACAAAGUCUUCAGCAGCCCCUCCUAGGAAGCCAGCGGUACCUUUACAGAGAGGAGACAGCGACAGAGGAGAGGA